AUGUUCAAGUCGGCGUUGCAGAACCACAAUGCCAUCGCGUCUGCUUCGCCCACAAACACUGCCUACAAACAGGCUUCGCUCGGAAGCGUCCUUGAUCGCACUGGAUCGCAGACAUCAUCGACGCGUCCUGUAGGAAGUGGUACGAAAACACCCGUUGGGACAACUGCACAAGGAACCAAGAGGACGUCGAGCGGAUUGGCCAAGUCUCUGAGCUCGCACGAGGAUGACUUCGAAUACCCCACGAUGACCAUUGUCGGAUCGGAAAAAGAGAACGAGCUGCCGGCCGCCUACCAUAUGACAUCACGCAACAAUCCGGGCAUUUUACCGCAAGCCCUGUUCGAUGAAGACGACUUCGACAGUGACAUAGAUCUUGACGUUGAAGAUCCAGCGACAAAAGGCACUGUCACAUACCCUACGUUACCUCGCGUUACUUCUGAUGACUCGGCCGACUCGGGAUACAACUCGAGAGCGCAGACUGCCGACGUAAAACCAGAGCUGGGUAGUAGCCAGCCAAUACCGUGGUCUUCAUCGCCUUUGUCACACUACAAAACACCACAGAGGCCUGAUCCACCAAAGUCUAAGCGAAGAACCUUACCAUGGGCACAGAGUCAGAAGCAGGAACCUAUACAGGAAGAGGAAGAGCAAGAGGAGACCACACACCCUAGGAAAAGAGUCUCAAAGGGCGUCGAUAGGCCUUUCUCGACACCAGCGAAGGACUCCAAGUCACAAUCGUUUUUCAACACGACCGCGAGCGCCCUGAAGCAGCAGCGAACGACUCUCAGGGAGGCUAACAAGGCUCAAGCAAAAGCGCACCAGGGCACUGACGAGGAUAUAAAAGAGGCGAUCAAGAAGAAGAAGAAGAACACUAUUCACAAGAUAUUCCUCAGUGAAGAGCAACAGAACGUGUUGAACCUAGUAGCGGAAUACAAGAAGAGCGUCUUCUUCACUGGAUCUGCUGGUACUGGUAAAUCGGUCUUGCUUCGUGAGAUCAUCGCAGCGCUACGGCGGAAGUACGCCCGUGAGCCAGAUCGAGUAGCAGUCACAGCAUCCACAGGUCUGGCAGCGUGCAACAUUGGCGGUGUUACCCUACAUAGUUUUGCGGGUAUCGGACUUGGCAAAGAGCCCGUAGAAGACUUGGUCAAAAAGAUUAGACGAAACGCCAAAGCAAAGCAGCGGUGGUUGCGUACGAAAGUACUGAUUAUGGACGAAGUCUCGAUGGUGGACGGCGAUCUGUUCGACAAGCUGGAGGCAAUCGCCCGCACGAUUCGCAACAAUGGUAGGCCAUUUGGUGGCAUUCAGCUUGUCAUUACCGGCGACUUCUUCCAGUUACCUCCUGUCCCAGAGAAUGGACGGCAGGCCAAAUUCGCUUUCGAUGCAGGUACCUGGACUACAAGCAUCGAGCACACAAUUGGGCUGCACCACGUCUUCCGUCAGAAAGAUCCCGUCUUCGCCAAUAUGCUGAACGAAAUGCGAGAGGGCCGACUGACACAAGACUCGAUUAAUCGGUUCAAGCAGUUAGAGCGUCCACUGUCAAAGGGAGACGAGAGUGUCGAAGCCACAGAGCUCUUCCCUACACGUUCAGAAGUUGACAAGGCAAACACAACUCGUAUGCAGCAACUCCAUGGUAAUACCUUUUUGUUCGAAGCUCGCGAUGGUGGUACGAUCACAAACAAAGAGCAGCGUGAUAGGUUGUUACAGAGCUGUAUGGUACCGGCGCAAAUACAUCUCAAAAAAGGUGCCCAGGUCAUGUUGGUGAAGAACAUGGACGACACUUUAGUGAACGGCUCGCUAGGGAAGAUUACAGGCUUCAUGACUGAGCAAAUGUUCAGUAUCUACAAGGAGGACGAAGAGGCUUUCCUGGAGGGUGGUCCCUCAGAAGCUGCUAUGAAGACAGAGAUGAUGAAGAGUUCGCUCGGCGUAAACAGCAGCCAGGUUUAUCCUGUAGUCCGUUUCGCCAUCGCAGAUGGUACCACGCGCGACCUGUUAUGCAAGCGCGAAGACUGGAAAAUCGAGCUACCAAACGGCGAAGUGCAAGCAUCGCGUUCUCAGAUCCCGCUUAUCCUCGCAUGGGCGCUUUCCAUCCACAAAGCACAAGGUCAGACGCUUGAGCGUGUGCGCGUCGAUCUUGGCAAGGUCUUCGAAAAGGGUCAAGCGUACGUUGCGCUAUCCCGUGCGACGAGCAUGGCUGGUUUGCAGAUCCUGCGGUUUGAUCCUAGGAAGGUCAUUGCACACGACAAGGUGCGGUCGUUCUAUGCUGGUCUCAGCAGAGCAGAGCAGGUCGAGGGCAAAGCGAAGAGCAAGACCAUCCUGGGUAAGAUGCAGGCUGCGAAGGUGAAGAGUGCUGAAUGA